AUGGCAGCGAUGAGUGCAGCGAAGAAGAAACAAGUGUCUCAGAAUGAAUUGCGUUUAUUAAUGCUCAAGCAAAAACUACAGACCCAAAGGGUGAAGAAGAAAAUCGAGUCGCCUCUAGCAAAAUAUAGCAUAAGUGGUCAGUUGUCAUGUGUUGUGUGUAAAUUGAACAUAAAAGAUGAUUCUUCGUGGAGUGUUCAUAUCUCUUCCAAAGUUCACAAAGAAAAUAUUUCCAAACGUAAACCAGAAUCAUCAAGAAUGACUGAAAGAUUAGCGGUUACUACAGAAAGCUUAAAACGAACUCUGCCUAAACAAGAAAGUUUUGUACCUCCAAAAAAAUUAAAAGGUAUUUUAAAAAAUUAUAAAGCUCCUCCAGAAAAAGUUCCUAGUGAUUUCUUCGAAAGCCCCAUUCCAGCCUCAUCAGAAAAUACAAAUGUUAAUCAAGAAACUGAUGAAAAAAUGGAUGUACAACAAGAGACUCUUGAUGAUUUAAAUCUCGACAGAGGUGAACUACCCAAAGGAUUUUUUGAUGAUCCAAUGUUGGAUGCUAAAAUUAGAAAAGAGGAAUAUGUUAACUCAAUAGAUGAAGAAUUUAUAAAAUUUCAAAAAGAAAUUAAAGAAGAGAAUAUGUUAUCUGAACAGAUAAUGGCAGAUAAUGAAGAUGAAACUACUUAUGGAAGACAAGUAGAAGAAAUUGAUGAACAAAUCAAACAUUGGUCAAAAGUUAUCGAACUGGAAAAGAAAAGAGAAAAAAUUGCUUUGGCUACAGAAAAUAUGAAUAACAUGGAAAUUAAAAAUGAACCAGAUGAAACCGAAGAAUCAGAUGAUUCUGACGUGGACGAGUUUAUUGAUUGGCGGUCAAAAAAAUAAAAACAUUGAGCUUAAUAUUAUUCUUGAGACGUAAUGUCAAGUAUAUUAUUUAUUUUAUGUGUAUAAAAUUGUUUAAGAAAAUGUCUUGUGCUGUAAUUUUUCAACAAGUUAAUUGUAAAUUAUUACAAAAUAUAAAUUAUAGUUAUUUUUCAUUACUGCGUUAGAGUAUAGGAAAAACUUUUUGAUUUAAGAGAAUGCAGUAGUAUAAUAUUUAACGCAUGUAUUGGCUAUCUGGUCUAAAAGUUAAAAUCAUUGAAUAUAUACUUUGGACAUAA